AUGUCGUAUUUCAAGGUUAUACAAAGGAGACAAGACGGUUAUACGAAUUUCUACCGAGAAUGGGAAGACUACAAAAAUGGUUUUGGCGAACCGACAGGAGAAUUCUGGCUUGGUAACGAACACAUUUACAAACUUACGUCAGCGGGAGGUUAUCAGCUCCUGGUUACACUAGAGGACUGGAAUGGUGACAGAAGCUAUGCUACAUAUAAUACUUUCAGUUUGGGAAACGAAGCUUCUGGGUAUAAAUUGACAAUCGGAGGAUACAGUGGCACUGCAGGAGAUUCAAUGAGUUACAACAAUGGUCGAGUAUUCAGUACUAAAGACCGUGACAAUUUUUACAAAUGUGCACAGCAGAACGUCGGGGCUUGGUGGUAUGGAAGUUGCACUUUCUCUAAUCUAAAUGGAGAAUAUCUUCGUGGAAAAACCAGUAGCGAUAAACGUUCCGAAAGAGGUGUCAUAUGGUCUCACUGGAAAGGUAACAGUUAUUCACUAAAGAAAUCUGAGAUGAUGAUUCGCAAACAAUAG